GAUAUGGAUUUAGACUACCAGCAAAAAUUGGGAGCCCCCUGUCUAAAAUGUAAAGAAAACUGUGCAGGGUUUGAACUUCACUUCUGGAAGAAAGUAUGUCGUAACUGCAAAUGUAGGCCAGAAGAGCAUGACAUUUUCCUGAGCACUGAGGAGAACCAGAAAGUGGGGAGACUCUUUGAUGACAUCAAGUACACCAACCUGAUUGCCAAGAUGAAGUCAGAGGGAAUUUCUGUAAACAAACGCAAUGCUAGAAUAAUGACCAAUCCAAAUGAUGCCAAGAAGAAUCCCUCCACCAACACUGUUACCUAUGCCAAGAAGAAAGUCUCCACCAACAAUCUUACCUAUAAGUGGACUCCCCCAUUCCAGAACCAGGCACUGCCCAGGAAGUACAUGCAGAUUCAGCUUAAGGAGAAACAGCCAGUGUCAGAUUCACAAAUGGCACAGUACCGGAAGAAGCAGCUGGCGAUGCAGCUACCUGCACAUGACCAGGACCCUUCUAAGUGCCAUGAGUUGUCUCCCAAAGAGGUGAAGGAGAUGGAGCAGUUUGUGAAGAAAUAUAAGAACGAGGCUCUAGGAGUAGGUAACAUGAAGCUUCCCUCUGAGAUGAAUGCUUACUGUAACAAUGUGCACUACCCUGCAGGAGUCAGAAACACCACAGAAGCAAUGGGUUCCAAGAACAAGUCUAAGGAGUCUAAGAAGACCCAAUACUCCUGUUACUGCUGCAAACACACCAUAAAGGAAGGAGAUCCAGCCAUCUAUGCUGAAAGGGCUGGCUAUGAUAAACUCUGGCACCCAGAUUGUUUUAUCUGUAGUACCUGUGGUGAACUCCUGGUCAACAUGAUUUACUUCUGGAAGAAUGGAAAGCUAUACUGUGGCAGGCAUUACUGUGACAGUGAAAAGCCCCGCUGUGCUGGCUGUGAUGAGCUGAUAUUCAGCAAGGAAUAUACCCAAGCAGAAAAUAAGAAUUGGCAUCUGAAACACUUCUGCUGCAUUGAUUGCAACUACAUCCUGGCAGGAAAAUUAUAUGUGAUGGUCAGUGACAAGCCUGUAUGCAAACCCUGCUACAUGAGGAACCAUGCUGCGGUGUGUCAAGGCUGCCACAAUGCCAUUGACCCAGAAGUGCAGAGAGUAACCUACAAUAACUUCAGCUGGCAUGCAUCCACAGAGUGCUUCCUAUGCUCUUUCUGCAAGAAGUGUCUUUUUGGGCAGAAGUUCACGCUUGUAAAGGGGAUGGUUUUCUGUUCCAUGGAGUGUAAGAAGAUGAUGUCCUAA